AUGGGUGAAAGGAGUGCAGUGGAGCAGCCUGCUUAUGAUGGUUUGUGCAACUACGCCCAAAAAAUCACCUCAUGCUUCGGAUUUGAUGUGACCCAUGCGCAUGAUGCUCAGCACCACCAGGAGAAGCCUUCCAUCCAGUGCUAUAAGUGUGGCCAGCCAUGCAAGGGCGAGGUGUUACGAGUGCAGAACAAGCACUUCCAUAUCAAAUGCUUUACAUGCAAAGUGUGUGGUUGUGACCUGGCACAAGGUGGGUUCUUUAUGAAAAAUGGAGAUUAUCUGUGCACGCUGGACUAUCAGCAGAUCCACGGCACUCGUUGUAACACGUGCGGUGAGUUUGUGGAGGGCGAGGUGGUCACUGCACUGGGGAAAACUUACCACCCUUCCUGCUUCGUCUGCACCGCCUGCAAAAGGCCAUUUCCUGCUGGAGACAGAGUGACGUUCAAUGGAAAGGAUUGCUUGUGUCAGUACUGUGCUGAGCCCAUGUCCCCCAUCCCUUCCAAGAACAUCAUUGGACCGGGCACCUGUGCAGGUUGUGGCAGAGACAUUAAGAAUGGACAGGCUCUGCUGGCUUUGGAUAGACAGUGGCAUUUGGGCUGCUUCAAAUGUAAAGCCUGUGGCAAAGUACUGACAGGAGAGUACAUCAGCAAAGAUGGCGCGCCGUACUGUGAGAAAGAUUAUCAGCUCCAUUUUGGAGUGCGUUGCGAAGCCUGCCACCAGUUCAUCACUGGCAAAGUACUGGAGGCAGGGGACAGACACUACCAUCCCAGCUGUGCUCGCUGUAGCAGAUGCAAUCAGAUGUUCACUGAAGGAGAGGAGAUGUACCUGCAAGGAUCGACUGUUUGGCAUCCAGGAUGCAAGAGCUCUACGAGAACAGAGGAUAGACAAAGGGUGAGUCUGUUGCCUGCGUCGCUAGCGCUCCUCGCCAAAUCCGAAAGGCAGCCGACACGCUCGUCAUCUGAGAGUGUGUGUUCCAGACCUGGUUCAAGCAUACCUGGCUCACCGGGUCACACCAUAUAUGCAAAAGUAGACAAUGAGAUCCUUGAUUAUAGGGAUCUCGCCGCUAUUCCCAAAGUCAAAGCCAUUUAUGACAUUGAACGUCCCGAUCUGAUCAACUAUGAGCCACUUUACACCACUUCCCUUGAUGAGAUGGAGGAGAGAGAGAGUGUGGGAGAGCUUCAGACCUUGAGGCGCGAGCGCUCUUCUAUGCCAGAUGACCGAACACCAAGAACCAUGUCACCAAUCCCAUCUGCAGAUAGUUUUUAUGACAUGAGGGGUCACAUGCUGCAGCGGUCUACAAGUCAGGGAUCUAUUGGUUCGCCCAUCUAUAAUCGCCACUGUUAUACGCCGACCAUGUCUCGCUCACCCCAGCACUUUCACCGGCCAGGCCCCGAGCCGUCCAGCGGGCGGAGCUCCCCUGGGGCUAGCACGCCCCCCCUCCCCCCAACCCCGAAACAUUUCCAUCUGCCAGACCAGAGCGUCAACAUGUACAGGAAGCCACCAAUCUACAAACAGCAUGAUCUGGCUGCCUUUACAGCCGAAAGCAGUUCUGCAGACGACAUCAUCAAAUUGGCCAAAUUUCCCUCUGCACUUGCUCCCGAACCUGAAGACGUACCUCAGAUAGAGACCGAGUGCUGGCUGUGUGUGUCAACCAGUGGCUCUGAUGGAGGGAGACGGAGAUCCCGAGAGGAGGAUGAGGAGGAGCAACAAAAACGUAGACAACUCCAGGAAGAACAUCUCACCAGGAUGCAAUCUGGUCUUGGGAAGCUCAUUCUGAAGGAGGAGAAGGAAAAGCAGUUGUUUCAAGAACGUCACGCACGAAGUCUGUCUGCACAAAGACAAACAAACGGCAACGCAGAUCCAAAUUCUCCUGCCAAAACAGGCUCACUUCCUGGCUACGGACGAAGUGGGCUGCAUCGGCCUCAGUCAACUGAUUUUACACAGUACGACAGCUAUGGCGAUAUCUCUAGUGGAGGACGAGAGUUUCAGCCCUUGCAGGAUGGCCAUCAGCCUGUCAGCAGAAUGGACAGGGGGGUUUCGAUGCCCAAUAUGCUGGAACCAAAAGUAUAUCCAUACGAAAUGCUGAUAGUCACCAGCCGUGGCCGAGCCAUGCUGCCCAGAGACGUGGACAGAACCCGGCUGGAGCGGCACCUGGCUCCAGAAGUGUUCUUUGAGCUAUUUGGGAUGGAGAUUCAGGAGUUCGACAAGUUACCUCUUUGGAAACGCAACGACAUGAAGAAGAAAGCCAGACUCUUUUAACCAUAAAAACAUGCCAUACCCUUCUGUAAGGUAGCUGUUUGCUUGUAAUCUCUUUUUCUUUCUCUUGUGGCCCUUGUGUGUGAAUAUGAAGGGAUCUUAAGUGAUUUCAUUGGUUUAUGUUGAUUGGUUAGCGGAACAUAAUAUGAUGGUCCCAUUAUUUUAAAUUAAAAAGUGGCAAAUCAUUGCAUUAGUGCACAAGCAUCAGAUGUUCAGAACUUUGUCUUUAUGUAUCUUGGGCUUGUUUUCCUCAAUAAAUUACCUUUUCUUUUUCUCCUCACUUCUUAGGUAACUCCCACUCAUGUAAUAAGAAGUUUUGUUCAGUUCACUAUGAGUUCACUGUUAAUUAACGUAGAUGUAAUGAGCUUUCAUGUAGGCUUGUAUUUUUGUCCUCAUCAUUUAAUGAUCAAAGCAGUGCUGAACUUUCACUCAAACUUGCACUGUACACUUCGCAUCCUGAAAACGAGCUGUAUCUGGCUUGUUCUAUUCAAACAGAAAUCCGCACUGCCAUUUAUUGUAUGUAUGAAUGAUAUUACAAGCAAAACGAUUGAUAAACUGUGCGAUAGACAGCAACACCAAAGGUAUUGCCAUGCCGAAGAGAGCAAAUACUGUAAAGUAUAGCACUGGGUAUUUCUCAGGAUCCUUUCCACUGAAGGCUUAAUAGGACCAAACAUUUAUUGCUCGUGUAAAUUACAGUAUCUGAUACCAACGUCAGAGCAAUUUUUGUUGUAGCUUUGGCUUGGUGGUAGGUCAAGGAAUGGCAUGGCUUUUUCCUCUCUCUCUCUCUCUCUCUCUCUCUGUGUCUUCACACUCAAAACCAUACACACAGUAACAAGUUCUUUCAACUUUCUUUGUUGUUUGAAACUAAUUGCCCUGUUAAUCCAACUGCUUGCAAAAUGCAAAGAUUUGACAAGCAACAAACAUAAACUCUUCAAGGAUGAAAUAUUUUAUUGAUGUAACAAGCUUCUCGUUAUUAAUAAAAUGCAGCAA